AUGAGCGAACAACCGGUUAAGGAAACAGUGAUUGCUGGAACCACUGACGAAGUUGAGAAGAAUGCCUCAGGUGCCGUUGCUGACGUCUCUGUGGAGGCGUCCAAGAGCAAGAAGAAGAACAAGAAGAAGAAGAAGACCAACAAUAUCAAAAACAUUGAGUUAUUCUAUCCUGAGAAUGUGUACCCUGAAGGUGAAUGGAUGGAAUAUGAGCAAGAUUUCAAUUUGAAGAGAAAGACUGAUGAGGAGAAGAGGUAUGAGAUUAGAGAUAAAGAGAACGAGACACGUUGGAACGAUAUGAGAAAGGGUUCUGAAAUACAUCGUAGAGUGAGGAAGAACUUGCAAAACAAAUUGAAACCAGGAAUGACUUUGAGUGAAAUUGCUGAUAUUGUUGAAAAUGCAACAAGAAAAUUCACUGCUGCAGAGGCAAACCUGACCCAAAUGGAAAAUCCACUGUCCGCAGGUAUUGGUUUCCCAACAGGUUUAUCGUUAAACUCCAUUGCUGCCCACUUCACGCCAAAUAAAGGUGACAAGACAGUCCUGAAGUAUGAAGAUGUGAUGAAAGUGGAUAUCGGUGUGCAUGUUAACGGCAAUAUCGUUGAUUCAGCAUGGACAGUCGCAUUUGACCCUCAAUACGAUAACCUGUUAACUGCAGUGCGUGAAGCUACUUAUACCGGUAUAAAAGAAGCAGGUAUUGAUGUGAGAUUGACCGACGUUGGUGAGGCGAUCCAAGAGGUAAUGGAAUCUUAUGAAGUCGAUAUUAACGGUGAAACUUUCCAAGUUAAACCUUGUAGAAAUUUAUGUGGACAUACCAUUGGACCUUACAAGAUUCACAAUGGUAAAUCUGUCCCAAUUGUGAAAAAUGGCGAUGAAACCAAGAUGGAAGAAGGUGAGCAUUUUGCAAUUGAAACUUUCGGUUCCACCGGUAGAGGUUAUGUCUUCCCAGGAGGCGAAGUAUCACACUACGCCAUGAAUCAAGGUACGUUACCAGCUGCUACUUCCCCAAGUGCUAAAAAAUUAUUAAAAGUCAUAGAAAGAAAUUUUGGUACUUUGCCAUGGUGUCGUCGUUAUUUAGAUAAAUUAGAAGAAGAAAAUUAUUUGUAUUCAUUGAAUAAUUUGGUUAAGAAUGGUAUAGUGCAAGAUUAUCCGCCAUUAAACGACAUUCCAGGGUCGUACACUGCUCAAUUCGAACACACUAUACUGUUGCAUCCUCAUAAGAAAGAAGUUGUUUCUAAAGGUGAAGACUAUUAG